CGCCAUGAUAGGUAGUAAUGGUGGCUGGUACUGUGGUUCUGGUGACGUUGCGUCCCAAGACUAAUGCAGGGGAUUCCUAUUUAUUGGAAGAUGACAGUAUGCCAGUGUUAAGGCGUCAUUACUCUUCUCACGGCCACCACCACGCUCCCCGUCACCCGCCUCCCAUAUGGGGUCAGUCGCACCUCAAUCAGUCAGGUCCCCUGGCAGGAGUCCCCAUGCUGGUCCUCGUCACCACACGUGACAUCUCCAUAAUAAGCAGAUCUAUUGAAAGUGUUCUGCAAGAAACUGCAGGGAGUGGAAUUCACCUCGUUGUAUCAGUCCCCAACCCAUCUCAAGAAGUAUUGGAUCUUUUACAGGGGUAUCCACUGAAGAUUCAUAUUGCUAAUAAUCCUCAGAAGCUUUCUGACAGAAAUGGUGGUGAUCAUUUCUGGAGCAAACUCAUUCCCAGCUUUUCAGCUGUGAAUAAUUUCAAGAAUAUUAUCGAGGCAUUUUCUGGCACUAAUGUAUGUAUGAGAGACAUAUUAAAUCCAUUAAUUAAUAUUUUAAGCACUGGAGAGAACAUCACAGAGACAUCAACGUAUGCCCUAACUCUAGAGGAGUUACGAGGAAAAGGAGUUCCAUAUGAGCAACAUCCAUAUAAUCCUUUAUAUCGAAAAGCUGUAAUUAACUCAAGAGAUGAAAUUUGGAAAGACACCUUAGGUGAAGGUGUAAGUAAAGACAGACUGUUACAGGCUGGAAAGAGAAUGCACAGAGAAAGUUCACAAUGUCAACAUAGCAAAAAUUUCAAAGAAGCUCUUCAAUUUGUCAAGACUGCCUUCACAAAGUUUGAGUACCUUAUGCUCCUGGAGACUGGCUAUGCUCUUUCCCCAAACUUUGUCAGUUACUUCAGUCAAACACUUGCAGCCAUGAAGGAAGAUCCAUCCAUCUAUUGUAUUUCUGCUCACAAUCCUCUCGCUUCACCUUUGACCUCUGGCAACAUUACGAGUGUUUAUCGUUUUGAUCACUUUGUCGCUAAAGCAACUUUAAUUCCUUCAAAACUAGUGACUGAAAUUUUGGAAGACUUUGUGAUCUAUGAAGAAACUAAAUCACUGGAAGACAAAUCUGCCUUGGAGUCUUUGGAAAUCUGGCUGUCCUGGUGGAGCAGACGGAGAAGACGUGGCUGUGUUGUGCCAGAUGUACCAAGGAUAUGUCGCCUGCAGGAGCCAGGUGUUACUGACAAGUUUGAAGAGAUUAAGGCAACAUACAAGGAUAACCAUAACCUCAAAUGUCUUCAGGAAGCUCAAGUAAUUCUCACCAACACUUCUAGACUUCUCCACUACCAGUAUAGUCAAGAUCUCUAUGAAAGCAUCACUGCUGCGGAACCCCUUGGUGGGAGCGUUGUCAACUGCAACGAUGCACAGUUCUUUCCACAUAUAAUGAAUGCUUCAGCCUACAUCAUCUACAUGAAGAUGGAAAACUAUGAUGAUGAUUUCACCUUUCAUCAUGUAAUGAAGUGUUUUGGACUCGACUUGCCAUUAGCAGUGGGAUACUUUGAAGGCAUCUUUCAGUUCACAUUCCGCCACUCAAGAUUACUGCUAAUGGGCAUCCCAUAUUCGCGAUUCUCGCCGUCUAUAAAGAAUGCAGAUGCCUUAAUUGUAGCAGAUAUUCCCCAGCUGUUUGUUAAGGGUAUCAAAAACUAUCUUGUAUAUAAGAAUCAUAACUUCACUUUUAACACAGUUUUGGUGAAACAAAAUAUUUUAUAA